AAAGAAGAAGAAGAAGAAAAAACUCUUACUUAACCUUUUCCACGCGGGAAAUGUAAAUCAGUUGCCCUGAAGAGAGUGUAGAAAGCUCGAAGGCAGCAGAAGGGGAAAUCCAUGGAGGAGAAGAUGGAAAUGCAGGAAUCAUCGUCAUUGCUAUCGACAUUGCACGAAGGAGAAGAAGACGACGAGCACGAUUCCAAGGAGAGGGUUUUGCAGCGGUACUUCCUACAGGAAUGGAAGCUUGUGAAAUCCCUGCUCGAUGGCAUCGUUUCCGUUCGCCGCGUCUCCGAUCUCUCCGCCGUCCACAAGAUCCGGUCCAUUAUGGACAAGUAUCAGGAGCAAGGUCAACUGAUAGAGCCUUAUCUCGAGAGUAUAGUUUCUCCACUGAUGGAUAUUGUCCGCUCGAGAACCAUGGAGUUAGGGGCAACCUCUGAUGAAAUUCUGGAAGUGAUCAAGCCUAUAUCCAUCAUCAUUUAUUCCCUGGUUACAGUUUGUGGAUACAAAUCUGUCAUCAAGUUCUUCCCCCAUCAGGUUUCUGAUUUAGAACUUGCAGUAUCUCUUUUGGAGAAAUGCCAUAACACGAAUGCUGCAACAUCAUUGAGGCAAGAGAGUACUGGAGAGAUGGAAACAAAAUGCAUCAUACUUCUUUGGCUUUCUAUUCUAGUAUUGAUUCCUUUUGAUAUAUCCUCUGUGGAUACUAGUAUAGCCAAUAGCAACUGUGCUGGGAGAGAUGAGCCUCCUCCAUUGGUGGUGAGAGUUUUAGAAUUCUGUAAGGACUAUUUAUCAAAUGCAGGUCCUAUGCGUACCAUAUCUGGAUUGCUGCUAUCAAGACUCUUAACACGCCCGGAUAUGUCGAAGGCAUUUACCAGCUUUAUCGACUGGACGCAUAAAAUUCUCACUUCUGCUGAGGACAGUGUUAUAGAUCACUUCCGAUUGUUAGGUGCAGUUGAAGCUCUGGCUGCCAUUUUUAAGUCUGGUAGCACUUCUGUUCUGCUGAAUGUGGUCCCAGUUCUAUGGAAUGACGCAUCAAUUUUGAUAAAGUCUCGUACUGCUGCUCGAAGUUCUUUACUUCGCAAGUACCUUGUGAAGCUAACCCAGCGGAUUGGGCUUACUUGCCUACCUCAUCGUUCGGCAACAUGGCGCUACAGGGGUAGAAGUAAAACUCUUGAAUCUUUACAUGUGACAAGAGAUUGUAACCAAUUAAAUGACUCGGUGAGCAUAAACUCCUGUGGUGACUCUCAAGAGACAAGCUGCCUUGAAGAGGAAGAUAUGGAUGUUCCAGAUAUCAUAGAAGAUAUUAUAGAACUUCUGCUGUCAGGAUUGAGAGAUACGGACACUGUUGUGCGAUGGUCUGCUGCAAAAGGUAUUGGCCGCAUUACCUCACGUCUAACUUAUUCUCUUUCAGAUGAAGUCCUGUCAUCUGUAUUGGAGCUCUUUUCUCCUGGUGAGGGAGAUGGCUCAUGGCAUGGUGGGUGCUUGGCAUUGGCCGAAUUGGCACGCCGAGGAUUGCUCCUACCAAUCAGUUUUCCUAAAGUUGUUCCUUUUAUCAUAAAGGCUUUACACUAUGAUAUUCGAAGAGGACCUCAUAGUGUUGGAUCUCACGUACGUGAUGCUGCUGCUUACGUUUGCUGGGCUUUCGGUCGUGCAUAUUACUACGGAGACAUGAAAAAUGUGCUGGAACAGCUGGCACCACAUCUUCUGACAGUGGCCUGCUACGACCGUGAGGUUAACUGCAGAAGAGCAGCAGCUGCUGCUUUCCAGGAGAAUGUUGGGAGACAAGGAAAUUUUCCCCAUGGCAUUGAUAUAAUAAAUACAGCUGAUUAUUUUGCACUGUCCUCUCGAGCAAACUCAUAUCUUCAUGUUGCUGUUUCAAUUGCUCAGUACGACGGCUACAUUUAUCAAUUUGUGGAUGAACUUUUAAAUAGUAAGAUCUGCCAUUGGGACAAGGGUUUGAGGGAACUUGCUGCCACUGCUCUCUCUUCUCUUGUAAAAUUUGAGCCUGAAUUUUUUGCUAAUGAAGUUUUGGAGAAAUUAGUUCCUUGCACUCUAUCAUCUGAUUUGUGCAUGCGGCAUGGUGCAACCUUGGCAAUUGGGGAAGUGGUUUUGGCUCUACAUAGGCACAACUAUGUUAUUUCCACAGAUAAGCAGAAAAUCGCUGCUGGUGUAGUUCCUGCCAUUGAGAAAGCACGGCUUUAUCGCGGUAAAGGAGGAGAAAUAAUGCGUUCUGCUGUUUCUCGCUUCAUUGAAUGCAUUUCACAAGCUCAAGUAUCUCUGACUGAGAAGAUAAAACGAAGUUUUCUUGACACCCUCAAUGAGAAUCUGAAACAUCCCAAUUGCCACAUACAGAAUGCCGCUGUUGAAGCCCUUAGGCACUAUGUUCCUGCUUACCUUUUAUCCACGGAAAACAAGGGAGUCACUGAUAUUGUAUCAAGAUACCUUGAACAGUUGACCGAUCCAAAUGUGGCUGCCAGACGAGGAUCAGCUCUCGCACUAGGUGUUAUGCCCUUCGAGUUUCUGGCUAAAGGGUGGAAAUCUGUAUUAACUAAACUCUGUAGUUCAUGUCAAAUUGAGGAUAAUCCCGAAGAUAGGGAUGCCGAAGCACGUAAGAAUGCUGUCAAAGGACUAGUAUCUGUUUGUGAAACUUUAACUGAGGCAGGAGAAUCUUCUGCUUUCUUGUGUGGAGAAGAUGGUUAUGCUCUGUUUCUUUUCAUCAGGACUGAAGUGAUGUCCAGUCUUUUUAAAGCUCUGGAUGAUUACUCCACUGAUAACAGGGGUGAUGUAGGUUCUUGGGUUCGUGAAGCUGCAAUGGAUGGCCUUGAGAGAUGUACAUAUAUUCUGUGCAAGAGAUAUUCCAUAAAUCAAGAGCCAGGAUCUGAUUUAGAACUCAAAAGAAGUGAUAGCUCCAAUAGUGAUCAGAUCAGUUCAUAUUUUGAUGCAGAUUUAGCAAAUAAUUUAGUUGGAGGCAUUGUCAAGCAAGCUGUGGAGAAGAUGGAUAAAAUAAGGGAAUCAGCAGCAAGGAUUCUCCAGAGAAUCCUGCAUAAUAAAGCGACUUUUGUACCACAUAUCCCGCACAGGGAAAUUCUUGAACAAAUAGUUCCAGAUGAGGUUGAUCUCAAGUGGGGGGAGCCAACAUUCUCAUAUCCUCUUUUUGUUCAGCUUCUUCAAGUUACUUGUUAUAGUAAAUAUGUUGUGUCUGGACUGGUUAUCUCUAUUGGCGGGCUACAAGAUUCUUUAAGAAAGGCAUCACUAAAUGCUUUGUUAGACUAUCUUCAGAGCACAGUGACUGAAGGACACAGUGACUCUCGAGUGUUCCGUCUAUCAAUGGACAUUCUAUGGGUUCUUCAAAAAUAUAGAAGAUGCGACAGAGUCAUCAUACCCACUCUGAAGACUAUCGAGAUUCUUUUUAGCCGAAAGAUAUUGUUGAACAUGGAGGUUCAAACUCCCGUUUUUUGUGCUGGUGUUUUGGAUUCUCUCUCUACAGAGUUGAGAGGAACAAAGGACUUCUCAAAGUUAUAUUCUGGAAUUGCAAUACUUGGAUAUAUUGCUUCAAUUUCAGACCCUGUCAACCAAAGGGCAUUCUCUCACCUCCUGACUUUUCUGGGCCACCGGUAUCCCAAGAUCCGGAAGUCAGCUGCUGAACAAGUGUACCUUGUCCUUCUAGAAAAUGGAGAUCUAAUAGACGAGGACAAGCUAAACGAAGCCACAGAAAUCAUCACAGAAACCUGCUGGGAAGCAGACAUUGAAGAGGCAAAGAAAAGAAGGUUACAGCUCUGUGAAAUGGCCAAUCUUGGAACUGCGCAAAUAGUAAAAGCUACUGAGAAAGAAUCCAAAAAGGUCGUUGAAAAGCGGCUGGAAUCUGCCGAUGAAAACGCAUCAUACUCAUCAUUAGUGGGGUCAGCUGGAUUCUAGGACCUAUACUGUUGAUUUCAUCCGACCUCUGCAUGUUUUCUUCAAAGGAAAGGGAAGUAGAUUGAGAACAUCGGACAAGCUCGUUCUUGAGGCAUUUGCCCUCUGUAUCUCGUAGAUCAACUGGUUUUUGCAGCAGAAGACUGCAGAAUCCACAUAUUCAAUACGGAAGGCCAAUGACGUACACGAGAACCACGUUGGAUAAGUCAGGUGCCUCUUAUGCAACUCUUAUCCUUAUAUGUGAGAUUUGUUUCAAAUUUUAAAAAUCAGUUUAGAAACGAUAAAUGGCAAUGUAACUCUCUGUGCAGUUAAUCAGUCCAUAUAGAUUUAGUACUGCUUGCUUUACUUCUAAUCUUUUUACAAUCCCAUUUGCGAAUGUUGAAGCAGACAGUAUUUUCCUUC